CAGCCGGCGGCCUCCCGAGCUGAUCCCGGCUGGCUCCGUUGAGCAGGGAUGGGCAGGAGGUGGCCUCUGCUCCUCUUGGUGGCCCUGGUGGCCGGCCGGCUGGGCGCGGGGGCGGCGGGGCGCUCCAAGGUGAACCCCAGGAUCAUCGCGGCUCCGCAAGGUGCAAAGGAGUAUGUGUUUCCCCGGAGUGAGAAGUACCCAGUCUUCUAUCAUGAAGAAAACAGCUCAGCCAUCUACAUUGGGGGAGAGGGAAAGCUUUACUACCACGACUUUGCAACCAAUGAGAACUACGUGGAAGACUUCCCAGUGAAAAAUGAAGGACAGUGCAUGAUGUCUGGGAGCCUGGAUGACAAUAAAAAUUACCUCACCCUGGUGGAGCAGUACGGGGGUGGGAUGUUGGUGUGCGGGACCGGAGCCUGCGCUCCCACCUGCUGGAACCUGACACAGAGGAGGGAGAGCACUCCAUGGGAUGGCAGAGGGAUUGCUCCUUUCACCCCUGACUCCAAUACCCUCGUUGUCAUUGAUGGUCAUGACAUCUACUCCACCAUCAAGAAGAGCCAGCAGAAUGGCAAGAUACCCCGUUUCCGACGAGUGAGGGGGGGUGGGGAGCUCUACACAAGUGACACAGUGAUGCAGAACCCUCAGUUUGUCAAAGCCACCACGUUAAGACACGAGGAGCCUCACCAGGACAAGAUUUACUACUUCUUCCGUGAAGACAACCCAGACAAGAGUCCUGAGGCCCCCAGAAACAUCUCCCGUGUGGCCCAGCUGUGUAAGGGAGACAAAGGGGGAACCAGCUCGCUCUCUGCUUCCAAGUGGACCACCUUCCUGAAGGCCACCUUGAUUUGUGUAGACCCGGUCACCAAGGGCAACUUCAACUGGCUGCAAGAUGUCUUCUUCGUCCCGGCGAGGAACUGGCGCCAGUCCAAAGCCUACGGGCUCUUCACCAACACCUGGGGAAGCUCUGCUGUUUGUGUCUAUUCCUUUGGGGACAUUGACGCCGUGUUUCGGACAUCCAGGCUGAAAGGCUAUCAGGGUCCCACCCCAGAGAUCAAGCCUGGGCAGUGUGUUUCCUCUGGCCAGCACACCCCGAGCGAGACCUUCAAGAUAGCUGACAGCCACCCGGAGGUGGAGGAGAGGGUGGAGCCCCUCUCCCCCACCAAGAGCCCCUUGUUCCACAACAAGCACCGUUACCAGAGGAUCCGGGUGCACGAGGUCUCGGGGGGCGACGGCCGCCGCUACAACGUGCUUUACCUGGCAACAGACAAGGGAUCCAUCCACAAGAUCGUGGAGCUGCCGGAUGGGGUGCAGAACAUCAUGGAGCUUCAGGUCUUCCCAAAGAAGGACCCGAUCCAGUCCAUGAUCCUGGACCACAAGAGGGCCGUGCUGUACGUUGGCUCAAGGAGUAAAGUCCUGGAGAUUCCCAUGGACAUGUGCGGGGUGUAUCGCAACAACUGCGAGAGCUGCUUGUUGGCACGGGACCCCUACUGUGGCUGGGCCAAUGGGACCUGCCAGUCUGUCUACCUGAACCAGGAGGUACACCAGGACCUGAACCUGGACCCGUGGCAGGGAAAGUGCCAAAAGGGGGAUGUUAAGGAAGAUGAUUAUCAGAACAUCACAGUUGUCCCUUUCUCCCGCUACUACCUCAACUGUCCCAUCGAGUCCCACUAUGCCACCUACAACUGGUACCACAACAACAGCCUCAUCAAGACCUGCAACACCACCCACCCCCAGCAGGACUGCUUCCACUUCAUCCAGAAUGUCAGCCAUGUCCACUAUGGCCACUACGUCUGCAUCUCAGAGGAGGAUGGCUUCAAGCAGGCUCUGGUGAAGGAGCGCCUGGUCAACCAGCUCAGGUUCAUGUCCCAGAAGGGCCAGGCCUCCAUGACGUUUGGCUCUUGGCUGCAACUGCUCCUGAUGGUGGUGUUGGUGGAGCUCUUCCACUGAACACGAGAGGACUGUGUUCCCAGCUGCUGCCACUCUUCUUGCACUUGCUGUCCACUCCUGAGGCGAGAUUCCCGUUCUCUUAAUCGCUCCUUGGACCUUCAUCUUUGACUGUCCCAAAAGGGGUCCUGGGCAGCAACCCCCCUCCAUCUUUGACCUUGGUGGGAGAGUCACGGGGAAGAAGAUGGGGCUGCAGGGUGAGAUGGAGGAGGGUUGGAGACAGGGAGGGAAGGGAUACCCUAGGACACUGGGGACACUCACUGGACCCAGCAGCGGGGAGGGAGCGGUGUCAGCCUCUCCCCAACGCUGGUGGCUCCAUUCUGGUGGUUGUCCUGAGCCCACCCUGGAUGAGGACACCCAGGGGACUUUGCCAAUGUGCAUGCACUGAUCCUCAGGGCACGGCCACUCCUCUCUUCGGGAACGUGCAUGUGAUGAAGAGGAGGAACCAGCCCUUGGCCUUUCUACCUGGUUGACCUGUGCUCUGCUUCCGGCGGGGACUGAUGCCUCCGAGUUUUUUGGUGGCUGAUGGUUGGGUUGGAACACGCUCCCAAGUGUCACACGUGGGGCCCCCUUCUGGGCUGGAGAAUUGGGCUCUGGAAGGGUUUUAGGCGUUGGGUGUAUGGGGUUGGUUUUUUGUUACAGCUUGGGCUUGGGCAAGGGAGGGAGAUGGGAAACCAGGGGUGGAAACCUGCCGGCGAGGGCGGGCACAAAGUUAGCGGCUUGCAUGGAAAAGCCUCGGAGAAUGACUAGAUUUUGGGGUGUGGGGAAGGACAGGUGGAAGGGGAGGUGGCAGCAGAGCCUCAAACCAAACCCGGGGAGGCCUCGGGGAUGCAAUUUGAAACGCACAAAAUCCUCUGCAGGCAGCUAAGGGCAUUUAUCUGUGGGCAUUUAUCUGUGCUCCCAGCACUUCUCCUCCGGGAGAGGGACCGGGCUUCCUCAGGGUUUUAGAGGUGCCAAUCUCAGGGCAACACCCCCCGGGCUCAGGGGGGGGCCUGUCCCUGUCCCCACCACCCUCAGCCUCUCUCCCUCCCACUGCGGGGUGGGGGGGACAGGGAAGGAGCAGGGUUUGCUUCUCUUGGGCUUGGAGGUCUCUGAAGGAAACAAAACGAAACUGUGAAACCCGGGAUGCUCUCCCUGUGCCUCCAGGCCAGGGGUGAUCCCACACCUUUGUCCAAACCUUCCCCGACCCCCUCCCAGGCCAAAACUGCCCAGCUUCGGGCCGUGGCAUGGAGAGGGGCAUCUGAUCUCAUGCUUCCAAUAAGAAACCUGGCACAGCAGCACAAGCUCCUGCUUCGUGCCUGCUUGGAGACACUCAGGAGUGCCCGGGGGGGGGGCUUUUUGGCGAGGGGGGAGAGAUGCCACUUGCCUCUCGUGACCAUGGACAACAGGCCAGAGCUUCCUACUGCACUACAUUUCCAAGAAUACCCCCCCCUUGAAUCUAGGAUAGAGCUUCUUACAUCCCUUCUCAAAGCACUUUAACUUUGUGGACUAACAAAUACCUAUUUAUUAUCGACUGGUAAUUACUGCACUUGUAUAAUUUUAUAGUAUUCUAGAAAGAGGGGUCAAAUUAGAGGAGAAACAAGACAACAGCUACCAAAAAAAACCAACCAACAACCUUUCAGAGCUGUGACCAAAGUGAGAAUGUGAUCAUUGAAAUAAAAGUGUGGAAAAGA